AUGUCCAAAAUAUUACUUGCAUUAUUUUCAUUUCUUGCUAUUGUAGGAUGGCUUCAAUACCGAAGGAUACUUCAUCCAGAUAAAGAUGUGGUGCUCCAUCACUACGAAAGCUGUUCUCGGUUAAAUUCGACCGGAAGCUUUAUUGACUUCACUUAUUAUGAAGAUAGCGUUAUUGCAGCUGAAGAUGACUUGAUUUCUAUAUAUACAGAAGGGCCCAAAAAUGCCAAAAGUGGAAGAUUAUUGCUCAUUGAAAAAAUCGCGAGCAACAAUCCUACUAUAACUGAACUUUCAAUACAAAAUUUUCCUGCAGAUGUCGGAUUUCAUCCAUUUGCGUUAUACUUGGUAAAGCCAAACACCUUAUAUGUAUUAAAUCAUGCCUUUCAUGAAGGAGGGACAAGGGUCGAAAUAUUCAAUAUAACAGAAACCACUGCAAAUUACUAUAAUUUCUUCAAUUUUUACCCAGAUCUGCAAGGCAUUUUUGGAGAUUUUAUUAUAGACACAGAUAAUGAAGCCUAUUUCACGCAGUUUACGCCUAUCCCAAUGCCUUCAGAUGGUGGUCCAAUCCUAAAAUCAAGCUUAAUUAAGAUUAUAGAAAAACUCUGGCAGGCCUGAAGGCUGCAUUCGUCCUCAGCCUGCUUAUAGUUCUGUCGGCCUCUGUUGUUCCUUCUCACAGACAAGGGCUUGCAUGAGUCAGAGAUGAUCCGUCAUCAUGCGUACAUAGACGGGGUUCAGUUUCCGAAUUCGAAAAUCGAAUUUCUGAUCACUUCUUAGCCAAGAUGGAAACGCAACGUCUGGCAUCGCGUUGGAAAACCUUCCCGAUUGACAAGGGUGGUCCAAUCCAGUAACACAAAAGUUUCUUACUUUAUUGUCUGAUAUUUUACAAUUAGCAAAUACAUAUAUUUAUUAUUGCAAAUUCAGUGUAAAUUCAACUGCAGACUGUAUGCCUCUAAAUCAGACAGAAGCAAUUUCAAUUACUGGAAUAACUAAAAAUAAAUUUGGCGACUACUAUGUCGCUUAUUCGUCAAUUGAUUAUAAUUGGAUAAGUGAAUAUACAAAAUCAAGCAAUGGGAAUUUGAAUGAAAAGUUCAAGCUAGGGCUGAGAGAUAGGACUGAAAAAAUUUUAUAUGAUGAAUACACACAGAGAGUUUAUGGAGGAGCAGUUCCAUGGCAAUUUCAAGCUUUUGGAGAUGGGUCAGUUGUAGGUGGAGCUAUUGAAGUUAAAGACUGGGAGCAUAAAACAGGAUUAGUCUAUAGAAGACUUUUCACUCAGGAAGGAAUAUUCAAAGGUGCUAGCUGUGCAAUUAGGAUUGGAGAUUAUGUUCUAACUGGAUCUUAUUUAGACAAAGGGGGAUUAAUUUGUCCAAUAGUUUCUCCUAAAAACUAA